AUGUCCUACUUUCUCCCCUCGUUUUUCCAGAAGCGACUGCUGAGAUAUGCGUUAUCGCGACUGGAGCUGGUCGACACAGACGCCCUUGACUUGGAGAGUUUGGGCAUUACAUGGGGACAGCGGAGCACUUUUGAACUAAGGGAUAUUGGUCUACGGCUUGAGAAACUUUCCUCGGUCCUGCAGUUACCCCCAUCGUGCAAGCUCACGCAGGCUACGGUUUCUCUUAUUCACGUGACGAUACCCGCAGAUAUAUAUAGCAGUAGUAUCGUCGUCGAAGUUGAGAACGUGCGAGUGAAAUUGAAGUUGCUCUCGGAUGAUGCUGCGUCAAGCGGAGAUGAUCAUGAACUCUGCAGGCCCGUUGACGAGCUAUCCAACAACCCCAAGGCAAAUGAUCCUCAUCCACCCGGAUCUCAUAACCACGACCGAUCUAGUGAGAAGAGUAGCAUUCUCCCAUCUACCACUGACCUUGCCCAAUCUUUUCUUGAAUCAGAGCCCAAGGAGGAAAAAGCUGAACUGGAAGCCGCUAUUUCGUCCCAAUCUCAACAUUCUCAAAGCUCCGAUGGUCUCAGCGACGAUGGAGAGGAAGAACUCGGAAUCGGAGUUGAGGAUGGCAUGUCAUUACCUGGUUUCGUUGCUGGGUUUUUUCAAGGGGUGGCUGAUCGCCUACAAUUAAAGGUCAAGGAUGUGGUUUUCAAAAUCGACAUGGAAGUAGGCCACGAUAGAACGUCGAACAGUCCGCAAGAUCUAACGGUAGAUCCUGUUACGGCUAUGUUUACGAUCCAAAAUAUAUCCAUAGACAGCGUCGUAUCGCCUAUGGAGGAAAACCCAGAGCUGAAACCUAGUAAACGCUUUAUCUCAUUCUCACAAAUUAACUUGAUAUUCCUUGCGGAUGCGGGCGUCUUCUCGAAUUAUUCUCAUUUCGUCCCUCCGUCUCUUAAAUCCCCUUCCGUCACUCAUUCCACUCGCUCUAUUCAUUCUAAGCUUAGCAACUCCCCACUAAAUGUCUCCUCCCCGGCGCCCACAUCUUCUUCCUCCGGUUCGUCUCUUGUAAUGUCACGCGGAACUAUCCUCGAUCAGCCUUCGCUAUUGGAAGAUAGGGCUUCCAACCAUCAUCUGGCGGAUUCGGUGUAUACAGACGAUGGCAGGUUCUCAGAUGCUGGGACGGAAUAUGAAUACGGAGCUGGAAGCUAUUUGGACCAUACUCGCCCGAUGACUGAGAACCACUAUGAUGAAAACAUACUGGAUAACCCUAUCUAUCUCGAUGAAGCUAUACGAUCCAACCUUGCUGAUGAGUUUCAAAGUUCUCCUCCUUCGAUUUCUGAUCCGACCGAUCCGACAGAUGAACCGUCAGGGGAUACCCCUCGGCCACGGAGUCCAACAUCCUUACCGGACGAUCACAUGUACCAUUCAAUGCAAAGUUCCACUCAUUCUACAAACCAUCCAUCACAGCAUCUAGAAACGCCGCCUGUUGAAUACCAACCCGAAUUUUCAGAGCCUAGUCGGGACGAGAUUGAGGCUUCCGUUUCAGAUAACGUGCCCUGCACGCAAGAACCAAGUAGAUCCGGGUCUAGUACCCCGCAAAGAAGCCAUUCAGAAUCCGCUUCCGUCGUUGAAGACCUGUCGAAGUCUAAAAUAUUUACUCAUGAAGAAGCAACAAGCAUAUAUAUGAGCGUCCUGAGCUCCACAUCGGCAGGAUCUCUUCCGGACAUGCCUGGGGGUUGGGAAUCACCAAAAUAUGAGGCAAGCACGAGAAAUGUCUCUUCUCCUUCCUUGGCUCCGUCAACGGAUGUUGAACCUACUUCAACGACUUCAGAGGGAACUCCAAAAGCAAAACCACUUGUUCAAUUGGAGAAUGGUGAAACUCGAGAUACUUCACACGUGUUAGGAAGUCCCUUACUGUCUAACCUAGAUCAAUCAGGCCUUACAGAAGCUGAAAUCAAGUCUCCAUCACGUUCACCAGAUUAUAUACCUAGGAUUGCCAAACGGGUCCUUGAAAUUGAUAAACUGGCGGUAUGGUUGCCGUCCUUGGACCCAAAAAACACGAAAUCUCAGGAUGUGCCGAUACAAAACUCUCCAAGAAACGAAUUUGACCAUAUGGAGACGUCAACUAUGAGCUUUACGGAUUCUGCUACCGAUGAGGAGCCGGUUAGUCUUUCUCAACAUCUUGCCUUUCAGCAGCCGCGGAGAGAAUUGAUCUUCUCCCAAUCCCUUCAUCAAUUGGCAUCCCCACAGCAAGAUGAUACCAGUGUCCCGGGAUUCCAUGCUGGUACAAUUUUAGUUGAUGUCCCUACCAUUACUAUUGAGGUUGAUAUCGCCUGUGGAUGGCUUUUGACAAUGAUGGGGCAAAGGCUCGUUUCGACUUGGAAUCCUACCACUCAGAAUGAGAAAUGCCGAAGUGAGAGUAAACACGCAACGACCUUGCCCUUGAACCUCACACUCGCAAACUGCUCGAUUAGAUUCUUGGAGCAUCUUCCUAUCUAUCAUUCUGCCUUCAAUGCUACAAGUUUACAUUAUAAUCCCGAAGUUAGCGAGAUCAUCUUACGCGUAACAUUGUCGGGAAUAAACUUCAAAUCGUCUUUCCGAGGUGACGCCUCAGAAUUUAUUCUCAAUGUCACCAAGUUCACAUUUGGCGAUGCAUCAGAAGAUAUCAUAUCGUUUGAUGACGGGCUUAAAAUGCGCGAUUCCAUACGAGAUGAUUUCCAUUUGAAACGAGGAGACAUUUCACUAUCUGUGCUCUCAACCAAAGGAAACACCACAGUGGACUUAGCAACCCUUCCAGUCCAUUUUUCAUUUAAUCUUCAGCGGCUUGACGAAACCUUGAACUGGUUUGGCGGAUUAAGCACUAUUUUGGAGUUGGGCAAUUCAAUUUCGUCAACUUCCACCAUAAAAGGUGGCAAAGUUGCUGCCAACCAACGGCCUCGUGGAGUUCAUUUUGAAGUAGCUUCUUCUAAAGCCCAGCCGUUGCCGGUUGGUAGCUCCGGAGUUAAUCCUAUCCCCUGGAAAAUUAAUGCUCGAAUGAAAGGCUUUGUCAUGACGUUGCAAGGAGACAGGUGCAGCUUGAAACUUAAGACAACCGCCGUCAAGAUCGUGAGUCGGCCAGCGGGAAUAACAGUUCAAAUUGAUAAAGGCAAAUUGACGGGUCCUCUCUUAAAUGAUGUUUAUAACGCCGAGGCUAGUGCGGUUGUUAAUUUGCUGAAUAUUCGCACCCAGUUUAUGUUUGCCCCAAUGGAGGAAGACUUGGAUAGACUUCUUUUACUUUUGACUCCAUCCAAAGACAGGUACGGCGAAGACGACGACAUAAUGCUUGACACCUUGUUUAGACAGAGGAAACAAGGAGCUGUCCUUCGAUUAACCGUUGGAAACCUCAAGGCGGAUUUUCCUGAACCGGAGAUGCUCAGACCUUUAUCAAGCUUGGGGAAUGAACUGGCUAAACUCUCUACAGUCACAAAAUAUCUCCCACAAGAUGAUCGACCAGGCAUACUUACGUUAGUCCUUGUUCAAGAAUGUUCUUGUGGAGUUGCCCUUGGAGGAAGAAUAGGCGAUAUCGAAAUCUCUCUAACAGGAAUGGAAGCUGCGCAUGUUGGCAUUCCAUCUCUUAUGGCGGCCCGUGUUUCCACAAUCGUGGUUUCACAAAAUGAUGAUGAGGAACUCGUUGGGGAAGCCGCGAACUCCCAGGAUGAAACUAACGUUGUAGCGCUGCCUAUGAUCAUGGCCCGAUUCAUUGCGGAUGAAAUGGACCCAACCGUCAAAAUAAAACUCUCCAACCUCCGUUUUGAAUAUACAGUGCCUUCAAUUGUCGCUUUUCUCGGUCUUGACAACGACAUGAGUGCUGAAGAUUUUGCUGCUAAUAUUGCCAAUUCUGUUGUCAACCUUGCUGAGUUGAAGUCCCAAGAAACGACAAUUCAUCGGCUGACGGAAUCCUCGAUGAGCUCGGUGAGCUCCAGGCCCUCUCCAGUUCCAUCAAAGCUUUCAAUCACCUUAAGAGACUGCUUAGUUGGACUCAACCCUCGAAAAUCUCCUGCCAGGGGCAUAGCAGUUUUCACAUCUGCGAAAUUUUCAGGAUCACUGGAUAAAGAUGAUACCCUUGAUGCUUGUUUGGAAAUCCAAAAGGCCACUGUGAUGAUCAUAAACGACUCUCGAAAUGUGGGGACACGUGGUAGCUCUCAUACACGAACGUCCAGCGAUAGUCAAAGCAACCAGGUUCAACUUCUGCACGGCAUGGGAUAUGUGCCUGUUUGUUAUCUCUCGUCGGCUGCUGUUGUCGUAAAAGUAAUGCAACUUGACGACAACGGCGAGAAGUCCGUCGACGUUGAGGUAAGAGAUGACUUACUCAUUCUGGAAACGUGCGCUGAUUCUACUCAAACAUUGAUUACCAUUCUAAAUGAGCUGGCACCUCCUUCACCUCCGAACAAAUCGCUCAAAUAUCGAACUGAAGUCAUGCCCAUCGAUGACAUGCUGAGCUCUUUUACGGGGAACGCAUUCGAAACGAGCCCCAUUCGGGAAGUUGGUAAUCUAUCAAAUAGCUAUCCUGUUGACGAGAAAGAGGGCGAUUUGGCUGAGGAACUUGAAUACGUCAGUGACUUUUAUCCUGUGACCCUAGAAUCAGGGAAACAUGAUCCGGGUCGUAACAUGCAUAUAUCUGGUACUAGCGACGCAGAUGAUGCCCUUCCAGGACUGGCGCACGGAUCGAAGAGGCUUCUCGAAAGCUUCUAUUCUGAAGCUCACGUCUCAUCUAGCGUUUCGAGUUUGGAUUUCCAAGAAGACCAUUUCGCGCGAAAGUCUGCAGUUGGAGGCACAGCGCAUAGAUGGGACUCCACAUAUAAUACCUACGCCCUCACAAAUGAUGCCAAACUUCACGGUAGUCCGCUUAGAGUGAGGGUUCGUGACGUCCAUUUCAUAUGGAACCUCUUUGAUGGCUUUGACUGGCAACACACGAGGGAUGCGAUUUCUAAAGCCGUUAAGGAUGUUGAGGCAAAAGCUAGUGAAAAGUUUUCACGAAUUGGCGGUCGCUCUUCUCCCCAGAUGGGCAGCGAAGAAGACGUGAUUGGGGACUUCCUGUUUAAUUCCAUUUAUAUCGGAAUUCCUUCGAAUCGAAACCCUCAACAGCUGCGAGAGGAUAUUAACGCUCAUAUCGAUGAUUUAGCCAGUGAGACAGGCAGUUUUGCCACAACCACGACGAUGACCGACGGGUCAGCUGCUACAAUCAAAGCCCCUUCCAAAAGGAGCAAGAAGCUCAGAUUGAAUCGUAGCAAACGCCAGAAGAUGACAUUUGAACUGAAGGGCAUAUCUGCAGAUUUGGUAGUAUUUCCUCCCGGAUCUGGAGAGACCCAAAGCUCCUUGGAUAUUAGAGUGAAUGAUCUGGAAAUUUUUGACCAUGUGCCAUCGUCCAACUGGAGAAAAUUUGCCACAUACAUGUAUGAUGCGGGCGAAAAGGAGAACGGCACGGGUAUGGUUCACCUGGAAAUACUGAACGUCAAGCCGGUAGCGGAGCUUGCCGCGUCGGAAAUCAUUCUUAAGGCCACUAUUCUUCCCCUCCGUCUUCAUGUUGAUCAAGAUGCUCUUGAUUUCAUGACUCGGUUUUUCGAAUUCAAGGACGAUUCGGCGCCAGCUGAUACUUCGCCAACCGAACAACCUUUCUUGCAAAGGGUCGAAGUGAAUGCCGUUCGUGUCAGAUUGGAUUUCAAACCAAAGAGGGUAGAUUAUGGCAGCCUACGGUCAGGACGGACUACAGAAUUUAUGAACUUCUUCGUUCUUGAAGAAGCUGACAUGGUCCUCCGCCACGUAAUUAUCUACGGCGUUUCAGGAUUCGAGAAAUUAGGUGUAACACUCAACGAUAUAUGGAUGCCGGACAUCAAGGCCAAUCAACUUCCAGGAGUUCUUGCCGGUCUAGCGCCGAUCAAGUCUCUUGUCGGCGUUGGCAGUGGAUUCAAAGACCUAGUUGUCAUUCCAAUGCGAGAGUAUAAGAAAGACGGUCGUAUCGUACGCAGCAUCCAGAAAGGCGCUCUAGCGUUUGCCAAAACCACGACCAACGAACUUGUGAAGCUGGGUGCUAAACUUGCCAUUGGCACCCAGACCGUCCUUCAAGGCACUGAAGAUUUCCUUAAUGCACCAGGUGAUGUUGGGUCACAACGCUAUGUCGCAACAACAGAUGACGAUUCGGCCGAUGAGGAGCAGCAAAAACAAUUCUCUCCUUAUGCAGAUCAGCCGGUUGGUGUCGUGCAAGGUUUGCGUGGUGCGUAUGCCAGCCUUGAACGAGAUCUCCUCAUGGCACGUGAUGCGAUUGUUGCUGUGCCGGGAGAAGUGAUGGAGAGUGGAAGUGCACAAGGCGCUGCGAGGGCACUGUUGAAACGAGCCCCUACCGUCAUUUUGAGGCCUGCUAUUGGCGCAUCGAAGGCUCUUGGGAAAACGUUAUUGGGUGCAGGAAAUUCACUGGAUCCUACUAACAGAAGACGAGUUGAGGAUAAAUACAAACGACACUGA